AUGCAAUUAGUGUUUCCGGACUUUGAAGCCGCUUCCGACUCUCCUCAUCGAGGCCGUCUUCUCAACGCGCUCCGCGCCGAUGGAGUACCAGGAAAGUUCGUUCGCUUGCUUGAUGACAUGAAUCAACGAACAAAUGCUGCAGUUCGAACACCAGCCGGAUGUACAACACCGUUUGAAGUGGUAACUGGAGUAAGACAAGGGGCAGUGGCAGGACCCUUCCUCUUCAAUUUCGCCAUCGACGACAUUAUGCGAAUAACAGUAGAUCAGUGUCCUGCCGAUAUGGAUUGA